AAACUCUAUACAUGCAUAAGUAAACUAUAUUUCUUAUUUGUUUGUGUUUUUCUUUUUUAUAAUUUUCUUUUUGGGUGGGAGAAUUGUUUCUUCGUUUUGGACUAGUGCUAUGAGACAGACCAACAAAAGAAUUUAUUUUUCAGUCAUCAUUUCGAUUCAAUGGCAAUUGCCAGCCAAACAUAAGAUUCAUGCUUUUGCUGCUUUAGAGAGAGAGAGAGAGAGAGAGAGAGAGAGAGAGAGAGAGAGAGAGAUAUUUUGGCACAAAUUAAAUAUAUAUUUUUUUAUAUGAUUCAACUAGGCCACAUUGUGUUAGACCAAACCCAUUAACCCAAUUUAGCCGUUAUAUACACAGGCCAUCUCUGUAUCUCCAUAAUCUCAAAUUCGGUAGUGAGAUUGAUUUGAUUCAGAUCAAAUUUAUCUCAAGAAUCGAUCCCAAUCGUUUUUCUUUUUUUCUUUUUUUCUGUCGGUGAGCUUUUGUAGAGAAGGGAUCUGAUUUGUUGGACACAAUGGGUAGUGUUGGAGCGAUUUUGAGACACCCAGAUGAUUUUUACCCGUUAUUGAAGUUAAAAAUGGCAGCUAGGAAUGCAGAGAAGCAGAUCCCACCAGAACCUCGCUGGGGUUUCUGUUAUUCUAUGCUUCAUAAGGUUUCUCGUAGCUUUGCUCUUGUUAUUCAACAGCUUGGCACUGAGCUCCGUGAUGCUGUCUGCAUAUUCUAUUUGGUUCUUCGAGCCCUUGAUACUGUUGAGGAUGAUACAAGCAUACCUACAGACGUCAAAGUGCCUAUUCUGAUAGAUUUUCAUAAACACAUAUACAAUCCUGAAUGGCACUUUUCAUGUGGCACAAAGGAUUAUAAAGUUCUCAUGGACCAGUUUCAUCAUGUUUCAACUGCUUUUCUUGAGCUUGGAAAAAGUUAUCAGGAGGCGAUUGAGGAUAUUACAAAAAGAAUGGGUGCAGGAAUGGCUAAAUUCAUAUGCAAAGAGGUGGAAACAAUUGAUGACUAUGAUGAGUACUGCCACUAUGUAGCAGGACUUGUUGGACUAGGACUGUCCAAGCUUUUCCAUGCCUCUGGAACGGAAGAUUUGGCACCAGAUACCCUCUCCAACUCAAUGGGUUUAUUUCUUCAGAAAACUAACAUUAUUCGAGAUUAUCUGGAGGAUAUAAAUGAGAUACCUAAGUCACGCAUGUUUUGGCCUCAUCAAAUCUGGAGCAAAUAUGUUACUAAACUCGAGGAUUUGAAAUAUGAAGAGAACUCGGUCAAGGCAGUGCAAUGCUUGAACGAUAUGGUUACUAAUGCUUUGAUCCAUAUGGAUGAUUGCUUAAAAUACAUGUCUGCACUGCGCGAUCCUUCUAUAUUUCGUUUUUGCGCAAUCCCUCAGAUCAUGGCAAUUGGAACCUUAGCAUUGUGCUACAACAACGUUGAAGUAUUCAGAGGUGUAGUGAAAAUGAGGCGUGGUCUUACUGCGAAGGUCAUUGACCGAACAAAGACUAUGGCUGAUGUAUAUGGUGCUUUUUAUGACUUCUCCUGUAUGCUUAAGUCCAAGGUUGAAAUGAAUGAUCCUAAUGCAGAAAAGACAUUGAGCCGGUUGGAAGCAUUACAGAAAUCUUGCCGGGAAUCUGGCCUCCUAAGCAGAAGGAGAUCUUACAUAAGGAGUGAGCCAAGAAUUAAUUCUGUUAUUGUUGUCCUACUUUUCAUCAUAUUGUCCAUUAUUUUCGCAUAUCUCUCGGCGAAUCGACCAAGUAACUAAGGUUAGCCUCUGCAAGAUAUUGCGUGGAGCUUUAAUUGUCACCAUGAGGGAAGAAUUAGUAUAGACCUUGUAUUGUUUGUGUAGGAUCAAUUUUCUUCAACUGUCUAUAUAACAUGGACAGCGAGUCCGACGGAGCGCCUGAGUCGAGUUGUUCCAUUGAACUUGAAAUUAUCUGAUGUUUGCAUAGGAUAUUGUGAUGGUUACACUGCUGCUGCUACUAUUUGUGUGUUGAAUACUGAAUGCAAAAAUGUCUAGUAAGGAACCAUAACCUUAAAGCAACACAGUUAAGUUUUGUCUGCCAGUGAUAUCAAAUUAGCAUAUAAAUAAAAUAAUCUUACCUCU